CAGGCUAGGCUGCACCGGGCUAGGCAAGAUGGCGGCUAUGGAGGCUGAGACGGCAAUGACGAUGACCCUGGAGUCGCUGCCUACAGAUCCGCUGCUUCUUAUCUUAUCCUUCUUGGACUACCGGGACCUAAUCAACUGUUGCUAUGUUAGUCGAAGACUUAGCCAGCUAUCAACUCAUGAUCCGUUAUGGAGAAGACAUUGCAAAAAGUACUGGCUGAUAUCAGAGGAAGAGAAAGCACGGAAGCGUCAGUGCUGGAAAUCUCUCUUCAUAGACACUUACUGUGAUGUAGGAAGAUACAUUGAUCAUUAUGCUGCUAUUAAAAAGGCCUGGGAUGACCUCAAAAAGUACUUGGAGCCCCGCUGUCCUCGGAUGGUCAUGUCUCUGAAAGAGGGUGCUCGUGAGGAAGACCUUGAUGCAGUCGAAGCUCAGAUUGGUUGUAAGCUUCCUGAUGAUUAUCGGUGUUCAUACCGUAUCCACAAUGGGCAGAAGUUAGUCGUUCCUGGAUUGUUGGGAAGUAUGGCACUGUCAAAUCACUAUCGUUCUGAAGAUUUGUUAGAUGUUGAUACAGCUGCUGGGGGAUUUCAGCAGAGACAGGGGCUAAAGUACUGUCUCCCUUUAACGUUUUGCAUACAUACUGGUUUGAGUCAGUAUAUAGCUGUGGAAGCUGCAGAAGGUCGAAACAAAAAUGAAGUUUUCUACCAAUGUCCAGACCAAAUGGCUCGGAAUCCAGCUGCUAUUGACAUGUUUAUCAUAGGUGCUACUUUCACUGACUGGUUUACCUCCUAUGUCAAUAACGUUGUAUCUGGCAGCUUCCCCAUCAUCAGAGACCAAAUUUUCAGAUAUAUUCAUGAUCCAGAGUGUGUAGCAACAACAGGGGAUAUUACAGUGUCAGUUUCCACGUCAUUUCUGCCAGAACUCAGCUCUAUACACCCACCUCACUAUUUCUUCACAUACCGAAUCAGGAUUGAAAUGUCAAAGGAUGCUCUUCCUGAGAAGGCUUGUCAGUUGGCUAGUCGCUAUUGGAGAAUAACAAAUGCUGAAGGAGAUGUAGAAGAAGUUCAAGGGCCUGGAGUAGUUGGUGAAUUUCCCAUCAUCAGCCCAGGUCGGGUAUAUGAAUAUACUAGUUGUACUACAUUCUCUACAACAUCAGGCUAUAUGGAAGGAUAUUAUAUCUUCCAUUUCCUGUACUUUAAAGACAAGAUCUUUAAUGUUGCCAUUCCCCGAUUCCACAUGGCAUGUCCAACAUUCAGGGUGUCUAUAGCUCGAUUGUUUUGGUAAUUUGUGCCUUUCAAGGAAUUUAUCCAUAUCAUCUAAAUGUUGAAUUUAUUGACGUAAAGUUAUUCCUAAUAGUCCCUUGAUAUCCUUUUAAUGGCUACAAGAGCUGUAGUUGUAAACCCUUGGUUCUUAAUACUGGUAACUUGUAUCUUCUCUUUUUCCCCAUCACAUGAUUACUAUCACUCUUGUUGGUCAUUUAAAGGAAAAACUUGGUUUUACUGACUUUUUUUUCUACAUAUUUUCUAUCACAUUGAUUUCUGCCAUUGUCUAUUAUUUCUCUUCUACUUUCUUUGGGUAUUAUUUGGUUUUGCCCUAGUUUUUUAAGGUAGAAGUUUUAAUGCUCAAUUUUAGGUCUUUGUCUCUAAGCACUGUUUUAGUUGAACUUCACAAAUUUUGAUGUGCUGUGUUUUAGUUAAUAUGCAGUUCAAAAUUGUUUUUGAACUCAGAUUUGCCUUGUAACUUAAUUUUGAUUUGUGGCUUUUAUAGAAAAGUGUUAACUUCCACACAUUUGAAAAUUUUGAAUUAUCUUUUGGUUAUUGAUUUCUAAUUUUAUUGUGGUUAGAGAACUUAAACUCUGUACCUUUACUACUUUUAAAUGUUUUAUGGUCCAAUGUUAUGUAAAGACUUCAUAUAUCUUGCUAAAUAAUCUCUUUGUGCAUUUGAAAAGAGUGUAUAUUCUGUGAUGUGGGGAAAUACUAUUCUGAAAGUGACAGGUCAAACUGGUGUAUUGGUUGACAGGUUGUUUUUUUUUAAUGUCAUCUGUAUAUUCAUUGCUCUUUUGUUGUUGUUUUGUUCUGUCAACUACUGCAAAGAAGAUUGUUGAAAUCUCCAACUAAAAUUAUGAUUGUGUCUAUCUCUUUGUCAGAUUUGCCUCAUGUAUUUUGAAGCUUUAUAAUUGUGUGCCAAUGUGCUUAGGAUUGUUAUGUCUUUUUAAUGACAUAAUUUUAAUUGACAGUUACUGAAAUCUCCUUAUCUCCAAUAGCAUUCCUUGUCCCCAAGUUUAAAGAACAUUGAGGUUUGUUUUGGCAGACAGUUUGGAUACUGUUGGAUCAACUCAAUUGUAUUGAUGCUUGUUUUUAAUAUUUGUUGGAUGUGUGUAAAGUUCUCUUUACUGAAGUAUGAUGGUUCCCAUGCAUUUCAAUCUCAGACCCGUUAGGAUGUCUAAAACCCCCUGAUGACUUCAACCAAACUCUUGCUUAGAUGGAUUACAUUAGUAUUUAGUAUACUAGAAAUUAAAACUGAGAAGUUUUAUAUAUUUACCUAUCAGUUUCUUUUAAAACUACAAUAAAUCCAUUACAUGCUUAAUACCUCCUUCAACCAUGUGUUUACUUAUUUAGUUUUAGUUUCUGCCUAACCACUUAUAAAUGUAUAAUAAAAUCAUUAGAGAAUAGUUUCUCUAAAGGGUGAGAAAUCAAUAGAAAUAAAGAAUAAGUCAGGACUUAUUAAGACUUAAUAAGACUUACCAGUCUUACUACCAUCAUUUAAAAGGCCAUGGGGGUUAUAUUUGUUGACUUUUUGUUUCUAUUUGUUUUCUUGAAAUGGAAGUUGAAUCAUUUAGUUUCUCUUUUGUCCUCUUCCAGCCUGAUGAAUUAGUAGGCUUAGGAAUUCUUCAUACUUUGCAAGUUUUAAAUACUGUACACUUUUGGCUAGUCUUGUGCUUUUCCUUGGUGUAGGGUUUUUUUUUGUUUUUGUUUUGCUUAUGUGAGAGCACUGCAGGGCUUCCUGUCAAUCAUUUAACAUCCAUCUUUGUUUUGGUUCCCUUUUCACCUACUCUUUUGCCACUCAGUAGCCUUUAACAGGAAUGUCUUCUUCAUUAGCAUAGUUGAUAAUCACACUAUGUGGAUAUCAUGUAUUGUAAUUUCUACAGCCUUCCCCAUUAUGCAUUUUGGAUCUCUCUCUGAGAUCCAAAGACUUCAUCAACUCAGUUAAAAAAAAUCCAAAUAUAGAAAUAAUGAAAUAUAAAUCAUAUCUGUUUACCUUUUUGUUACUAUUCUUGUGUCAUAAUAAAUCCUGUGACAUAU